GAUGAAGCUCCUGGUUCUUGGUGUGUUCGCCCUGGUUUACGUGGCCCACUGUGAGGAAGGUGCCAGGCUCCUGGCCUCCAAAUCUCUGCUGAACAGAUAUGCGGUGGAGGGCAAGGACUUGACUCUGCAGUACAACAUCUACAACGUCGGCUCCAGCGCUGCUUUAGACGUGGAGCUGUCGGACGACUCCUUCCCCCCGGAAGAUUUUGGCAUUGUUUCUGGGAUGCUCAACGUCAAGUGGGACAGGAUCGCUCCAGCGAGUAACGUGUCCCACACAGUGGUUCUGCGGCCUCUAAAAGCUGGUUACUUCAACUUCACCUCUGCAACCAUCACGUACCUGGCGCAGGAGGGCGGACAGGUCGUGGUUGGUUUCACCAGUGCUCCUGGGCAGGGAGGAAUCUUGGCUCAGCGCGAGUUUGACAGGAGGUUCUCCCCUCACUUCCUGGACUGGGCAGCUUUUGGUGUGAUGACCCUGCCCUCCAUCGGGAUCCCGCUGCUGCUCUGGUACUCCAGCAAGAGGAAGUACGACACCCCCAAGACCAAAAAGAACUGAGCAGCGUCAGAUGCCUCCAGCCCUGCAGAGCUCAGGACAGAGCCGACCCACCCGGGACAGCGGGUGUGCUGGGAUCACCGCAGCCACCCCCUGCAAAGC